AUGGAUCCUCCAAUCAAGUUCAGCGGAGAGUUCACAGGUGAUCAAAGGAUACAGCAGUCAAUGGUGUCCAGCUCUUCGCAAGAGAAGAGUUCAGAGAAAUUAUCUUACCCAAAACAGUAUCUCCUGCGUGCACUGAUGAAGCUGAAGAAGGAUGAGAAGUUGAAACUGUUUCAGAGCCAUCUGAGUCAGGAUUGCCCAGAUUGUUUUCAGAGUCAUCAAAUUGCUGAUUACCCAGAAUGCACUGAGAGAGAGCAGGAGGAUCCUGAGGUCCUGUACAUAGCUGAGAAGAUGCUGGAGACCUGUGGCAGUGAGGGGUCUCUGAAGAUCACACUCCACAUCCUGAGGAACAUGAAGCAGAAGGAUCUCGCCGACUCACUGGAGAGAGAUGUGCAGUACAAUGAAUCCAUAAAAACAGCCCAGACGGCAUUGAAAACUCAUCUGAAGAGGAAGUUUGAAUGCAUAUUUGAAGGUUUAGCAAAGCAGAGCCACCGAACCCUCCUCAAUGAGAUCUAUACAGAGCUCUACAUCACAGAGGGGGGAAGUGGGGGGGUCAAUAAUGAACACGAGGUCAGACAGAUUGAGACAGCAUCCAAGAGACAAACCACACAGGAGACUGCAAUCCUCUGCAAUGACAUCUUUAAGCCUUUACCUGGACAAAAGAAACCCAUCAGAACUGUGCUUACAAAGGGCAUCGCUGGCAUUGGGAAAACUGUCUCUGUGCAGAAGUUCAUUCUGGACUGGGCAGAAGGAAAAGCCAAUCAGGACGUUGAUUUCAUCUUCACUCUUCCUUUCCGAGAUCUGAAUUUGAAGAAGGAUAAAGCAUUCAGUCUGAUGCAACUUCUGCAGCACUACUUUCCACAACUGAAAGAGAUCAAAAGUAUUGAAGAUGAUGAAGUCAAAGUUGUGUUUGUCUUUGAUGGUCUGGAUGAGUGUAGACUUCCUCUACAUUUCCAAAGCAAUGGGAACUGCUGUGAUAUAACAGAGUCAUCAUCAGUGGAUGUGCUGCUGACCAACCUCAUUAAGGGGAAUCUGCUUCCCUCUGCUUUCCUCUGGAUCACCUCCCGACCAGCAGCAGCCAAUCAGAUCCCUCCUGAGUGUGUCCACCGAGUGACAGAGAUACGAGGGUUCAAUGACCCACAGAAGGAGGAGUACAUCAGGAAGAGAAUCAGAGAUCAGGACCAGGCCAGCAGAAUUAUCUCACACAUAAAGUCAUCCAGGAGUCUCUACAUCAUGUGUCACAUACCAGUCUUCUGUUGGAUUUCUGCUACUGUUCUGGACACAAUGUUGGGUAAUGUAGGGAGUGGAGAUCUGCCCAAAACUCUGACUGAAAUGUACACACACUUCCUGCUCAUUCAGACUAAUGUGAAGAAUCAGAAGUAUCAUGGCAUUGAUGAGACAGACCUAAAGAAGAUGUCAGCAUCAGAUACUGAAAUCAUCCUGAAACUGGGGAAGCUGGCUUUUCGACAGCUGAAAAAGGGCAAUCUGAUAUUCUAUGAGGAGGACCUGAGAGAGAGUGGCAUUGAUGAGACAGACCUAAAGAAGAUGUCAGCAUCAGAUACUGAAAUCAUCCUGAAACUGGGGAAGCUGGCUUUUCGACAGCUGAAAAAGGGCAAUCUGAUAUUCUAUGAGGAGGACCUGAGAGAGAGUGGCAUUGAUGAGACAGACCUAAAGAAGAUGUCAGCAUCAGAUACUGAAAUCAUCCUGAAACUGGGGAAGCUGGCUUUUCGACAGCUGAAAAAGGGCAAUCUGAUAUUCUAUGAGGAGGACCUGAGAGAGAGUGGCAUUGAUGUCAGUGAUGCUUCAGUGUACUCUGGGGUGUGCACAGAGAUCUUUAAAGAGGAGUGUGGGUUGUAUCAGGAAAAGAAAUGUACUCGGAGCAGUAGAGUCAAAACCUCACAGUGA